UAUUGAAUUUUUUUGAAAAUAAUAAGGAGGCGUUCAGUGUUCACUAGUGUAUUGAAAUUUCAAGAGUGAGUUAUAUUUUGUUGUUGUUAUAUAUCACCUCAUCAUUCACAAACACGGCGGACUACAUAAGGAGCGCGAAAAUGGAUACCGUUUACGGCACAAAGAAAUAUUUUCAGAGCCUCUCGGGCGCCAGUGAUAUCUAUCGUACGCCGGCGGGUCGCGCUGUGUCCAACGAUUACACCUACCAAAACACAUUGGGACGUCGCUCGACACUUGGGGCCUACUACCAUAUGAACAAACAACCUUCGUACACGAACGAACACAGUCUAAAUAGUCAAUACAGUUAUAAUGCGUGGGGCAUAUGGCGUGAUGGACGCAAUAUAGCGCCCUCAACAUUCUCCGCCAAAACGCAUACACACUACCAGAAGCCGCGUUCAUUCUCCAUCAUACUCACGACCGCAGUGUUUAUUGUGCUACUCGCCGUGAUCUCAAUAGCCGGACUGGCGUUCUACUUUAGUUCGGUGAAAGCGAAUAUGGAGGAUCCUGUGUUGGGUUUCGAGGGUUCGUUUCGCAUAGCGAAGGGUGACCUCUUCUCGACGGGUUUAAAGUAUAAUCAUACGACGACUUAUAAGCAGAAAAUCGAAUUUUAUAAACGUUUCAUUGAACGUUCGCUGAUGGAUAACGGUUUGCAGCCGUUGCGUGUGGACACGUGGGGCUUUGGUGAGGGACCGCUGAUAAAGGUGUCUUUUCGCACAUUUUUGGAUGUGAGAAAAUUGCCACAAAAUAUACAUAGCGUUGAGGACUACAUCAAGGAAUCACUCUUUCUGGAAACCACCGCAGCUAAGUCGCUUUAUCGCUCGCUGCGUAUAGAUGCCGAGUCGGUGGAAAUCAAACGUAUACUGGAUGAGUCAGUUGUGCGUGCUGCGUCGCUCUUCAAGGAUGCUGUGCAGCAGCCCACUAGUCAGUCACAGCUGGAGAAGCGUCUAAUGAAGAAACCCAAUGCGCCAACUCUACUCUCGAAGCCAGCUACCACCGUUAAACCACGUACUACACAUCGUCCACACUCAGUCGAUGAUGAACCCGAUGUCGAUGUCGAGAAUGCGCCAGUUAUACAAGGUUCCUUCGAGGGUUCAUUCGAAAUUACUAAAACCGAUGCCGAUAUCUCACGCAAGAAGGUGACGCCGACCAAGGCAUACACCAGCUUACCACCGAAGGCGGUUACACCAUUUGCAUUGCGCGUCAAGCCGAAGAAACCAUCGAUAGAAAAACUUACGACCAUCAUACCACAGAAUCAGCCUUCACCAACGACUUCUGCCGCAACAUCGACAAGUACUACGCGUGGCACUAGCACUGUUAAAACUACACGCACCACUUCGACCACGACCACUAGUACGACUACCACAACAACAACUACGACACGAAAACCGACUACAACAAGCACCAGCAGCACCACGACUACCACAACUACAACUACACCACCACCAACUCCACCACCCACUACAACUACUACGUCUACCACAACAACAACAAGUACAACCGCAAAACCCGCAACCAUUCUACCGCUAACAUAUCCACCUCCUACCGCUUUUUCGCCGAAACAACAAUUCAGUUUGCCACCGAUGACUACACCGUCCAUUGCUUUGAGUGUGCCGAAGUUGGAUGCUAACCUCUUUGCUUCCGUGCCUGUGCUCGAUACACAACCUUGGCGUCCGAUACAUCGUGAAGUGCCUGAACUGUUGCCUGGACCCCCGCCGGCCUUUCCCACGAAAACACUUGCUAAUGUAGACAAGCCAAUGCCCGUGGCACCACUCGCACCGGCCUACAGACCUGAUCUACCAAUGCGACGAAAUGAUGAAAUGGAGUUGCCGUUUAUACCGGACAACCCCUCACCGCCGACACCGUCCGCCUUCAAUCCAUACGCUUCCGGUUACUUUGGUACCGCUGUGCGAAAACCGGAAAUCAGCGCAGAAGCUACGAAUCCACAAGAUAUGUUAUUCUAUCACAGUUUCGGUAAUCCGGUGUUCAUGCCUGGCACUGAAGAUAUAGAACGUUUAGGUGCAGGCGCACAUGUGAAGCCACAUCCAUUGCCGGUGCCACUAAUCGACGAUGUCCUCAUACCGCCAUUUAAACCGCUCAUACCGGGCAUGGAUAAAGUGCCGAUUGAGAGCAAUGAGAAGUUUGAGCAUCUCGGCGGCGGUGUGAUCGUUAAGAAGCACGAGUUGGAGUUGGCGACUGGUCAAGAGAAGUCGAAACCUAACACCGAGGUCGUGGCUAGUGAUGCCGAUAAUGAGAGUGAGACCGAAAUUCCAACGUUGCUGCAGCAAUUCGCCUUGGAGGGUGUCACAACCUCGACAUUUAGACCGAAAGUCAGCACACCGAACAUUAAUCGCAUCGAGUCGAGUGCUAAUUCCGAGUUGGCCGACACAAUUGGUGAAUUCUUUAUGGGUUUGUUGAACUUACCAAAAGAAAGUGCACGCAACACGACGAAACCGGCAGUAGAGCCAAUCGAGUCGCGUAUUGAACCAGAGGAAAAUGUGGAAGAGAUGGAGACCGAGCCUGAAUCUAAAGUGGUGCCGAAUGAGGAGGUGCAGGAGGAGGAAGUACAAGAAACCACCAUACCAGUUACGGCAGUGGCGAGUGAACCAGCCUCGGUUGAAACUGAUAGUGUUGAAAAACCAGGGGUGGACGUUAUUGAGGAAAUUGCAACAACAGCAAAACCCACUUUCUUAAAUAUUAAAGAACUCAUACUGAAGCGCAAUCAGGCAAAAAAUCAAACGCGUAAUAUCGACAGCAUAACUGGGCGUCCUACACCCACAACAACACCAACAACUACAACGCCAACCACACCGCCAACACUCUUUAGCCCCACACUCAAGCCGCCAGUGACAAAUUGGAAUCGCCCUAGACCCACAUACAACCAGAAACCACCGACCAUACUUGAUGACUCCAAUCUCUUUCCUUCACAAUCGAAAUGGGAAUUCGUGAAUAGUUCAGCGACCAAUAGCUUCGGCCAUACGGGCAACAUGCGUAAAGUAUUCAAUAAGACGCUGCAGGCGUGGAUUUCCGAGGAUGUGGGCGGUAAUACGGAGGAUAACUUCACGCUUAAUGACAUCAAGACACGCAUAAAUAAUGCGACCAACAUACAAGAUAUUUCGCUUAUCUUCGAUACGCUCGCAUCCAAGUUGGGCAUUACGCCCAUGGUACAAACAAAAGUGCCGCCAUUCUCACAGAAUAAGCUCAAACACACGCCAGCCAUAACUACAACAACAACAAUUGCGACGCCGACAACAACAAAAGCACCAACAGUUAUGCCAACAGCAACAACCGACGAACAUUUCAUUGAACUUCCGCUACGACGACAAGAGCCAUUCAUCAAGCCCAUGUCCAGUUUCAUGGAAGACACAUCCUCUGAGGGCAUCGGUGCGGCCAUACCAGUUGUGGGUGAGGCCGAGGUGGAGGUCAUCGACCCAAAUAAAUACGAGGAAAUGUUGAAGUCAUCACAGUUUGCGGCGGAUACCACAACGGAAACGGCACCACAAUUGGUCACAUUGCUGCCCGUACGUUCCAACUCGGGCAUACGCACAUACCGUCCGGCCGUGGAUGAGGAAGCUGAAGCGCGUAGUAGCAGCGGCAAUGAUCAAUUGCCGUUGGCUGAGGGCACCGGUCAGGUGGAAGUUGUGCCAGAAGUGCUGCAUGGUACGGCUGGUGUGGCCGGCCUAGCAGAGGUUGUGGAGGAUGCCGUAAGCGACCCGGUGGUGCCGACAACAUCCAUGCGUCCGAGUGUUGUUACGGCGCCACGACGUGGUGGCGGCUUUUUCGCUGGCAUACGUAGAAAGAGCGACAUUAGUCAGGCGCGAAGGUUUCCGCCAGCCGAAGCGGUCGUCAAGGGUGGACUACAUGUGAAAGUCAAGUGAGUGGAUUGGUGAGGUGACCAAGAGAAAGAAGCUUCGAAUGGCAUAACUCAAUUAGUGCGAGAUUUCUGCGUUUGCCUUUGCGCUUUGUGCAAAGCUUGAGGUAAAGGAAAAGAGACAAAGUAAAAGAAAAGGAAGACAAAGAAAUGAAAAGCAGAAAAACGAAACUAGGAAGGGAAGGAGAAAAAAAUUUGCCUCGGAACAGUUUUAGUUAGGAAAUUUAGACAAAAGUAUUUAGUCAUCUUAAUUGCGUGAGUUUUAAUAACCGGGCUACCAGGUAUCUUCACCUCGUUGGCGUUUAAAACCUAAGUUUAUGUUUCUAUUUUAUUCCACAAACCAGUUCUUGUUCAUUGGUUGUUAGCUGUCAUUACUGAGUAAUUGCCUGACAGUUUAAGCAAUUUCUGAAUGACAACAAUUAAUGUAGGACGAAAAUUAGGUUACGCAAUUAAUAGGAGCUGCUUUCACAUUAAGGGAGAAGCAGUGACAU